CGUUCACGCGAUAAACUGGAAACUGGAGGACCAUAGCGGCAACCAUUUCACCCAACAUCCCAACCGCCAAAAUCCCUAAAUUCACUCCGGAAUGCCCGUAUUUUUCUUAAUCGAGUAAAAGCUCUCAUCGUUAUUAUCGAAAAAUUUCGUAGAUUUCUCAGGGAUUUGCAGCAACAACAUGUCUAAACGGGUUCUCUGCAAAUUCUUUGCUCAUGGUGCAUGUCUAAAAGGAGAACACUGUGAGUAUUCACAUGACUGGAAGGCCCCACCAAAUAAUAUAUGUACGUUCUACCAGAAAGGAGUUUGCGCUUAUGGCACUCGAUGUAGAUAUGAUCAUAUCAAAGUUUCUCGGUUACAGUCACCAGCUUUAUCUUCAUCAGCAAAUCUUUCUUCCACCAAGGAGCUUUCUACUGGAGCUGCAACAUUAGGCUCCAGUGCUGCUGCUGGUGUUAGUGUUGAACAUUCAGCUUCUAACUUGCCAGUUCAUCCUCCUAGUACACCGGCAUGGGGAGAAAAUUCAGGGAAUUGUGAUACUAUACAAGGUGAUGAUGAUUUGGCAGACUUUAGGGAUGUAGAUCCUGCUGACCAACCAAUAUGCUCUUUUGCUGCUGCUGGGGAAUGUCCACAUGGCAUGAGUUGCCCUCGAGUUCAUGGGGAUCUUUGUCCUACCUGCAGGAAGCAUUGCUUGCAUCCCUUUAGGCCUCAAGAAAGAGAAGAACACAUGAACACAUGUGAAAAGAGGCAAAAGCACUUAGAAGCAUUGGCACAUAGUCAAGAAAUAGAAUGCAGUGUUUGUCUUGAGAAGAUCCUCUCAAAACCUACAGCAGCCGAACGUAAAUUUGGAAUAUUGUCAGAGUGUGAUCACCCAUUUUGUAUAUCAUGCAUCAGGAAUUGGCGUAGUACUUCACGAGCAUCUGGCAUGGAUGCUAAUUCUGCAUUAAGAUCCUGCCCUAUAUGUCGGAAGCUUUCAUACUUUGUGAUUCCUAGUGUCAUUUGGUAUUCCUCAAAAGAUGAUAAGCAGGAAAUUGUUGACAGUUACAAGUCCAAGCUGAGAUCUAUUGAUUGCAAGCACUUUGACUUUGGGAACGGGACCUGCCCGUUUGGCACCAGUUGUUUUUACAAGCAUGCCUAUCGUGAUGGUCGUCUUGAGGAAGUGGUCCUUCGCCAUCUCGGAGCUGAAGAUGGAAAUACAGUUAUUGCCAAAAAUGUUAGGCUGUCCGAUUUUCUUAGUAAUUUGCGGAUAAGAUGACCAAUGCGUUAAGAGAUCUAGAGAGUGCUCAGGCUUUUUGUAUCAUUCUGGCAUGCAUCCAGCUAAAAACUACAAAGUUGAUGGAUCAAGAGUGCUUUUAUUAAGGUUGGUAGAUCUUUUAAUGGUUUAGUAUUUAUAUAAGACUCUUAUCUGAUGUGGAUGUUUGAAAAAACCUUUUCGGUUAAGAUUUCUACUUAUCGUGGGGCCUUUAAUUAUUCUACCUGAGGUUACUCAUUCUAUGAGAGAAAAAUACAAUUAUUUAUGAUUGUGCAAAGUAGUAUGUAGGUGACACGGAUAUGUUACUUUAGUCUUUGCACACUCUUGAUUGUUUUACAUUCAUGCUACAACUCAUGAUGAUGAUAAAAUGAGUAUAUAUUUGCAUGUGUUUGUGUGAGAGAGAGGGAGAGUCCCUGUAGUAUUAAACAGAAGUGCCACAGGCGCAAAAAGGACUCGAGGAAAUGAAAUGUUAAUGGGGGUUGGGGAUUGAAUGUGUAGUACGGCGUGUAUGGAAACAAUUAAGAUAUCCGGUAAUAAAACUUAGAUGCUUGAUAAAAUUUAGUUUUACUUGCUCAAGAUUGUUUUCUUUUUGGGGAAAAACAGUACUUUCUUGUAUGAAUUCAGUACCACCUUGGUUUAUCUUUUGUGGAAUCUAUACAUAUGAAGGGAAACAUUGUAAUUAUUUCCUUGAAGUAAUAGAACCAACUUUCGGUUGGAGGUACUUCCCUUUUCUGAUGCUAAAGACAAACUAUUCUUCCUUGUUGGCAAUUUCAGAUAUAAUAGUUCUCCCCUCGAAUGCAGCAUCCGGUUCCAGGUUUCAAGAUUCGUUGCGGGUCUUGGCACAUACCGAAUUUUGAAUGUAUCAAAGACUGAAAUAAUCUGUGGAAUCUACAUCCAUGUGUGGGGUAGUAGUAAUUGUGUGGUUUAGAGGUAAUUUUCCCAUUAUAAGGUCAUUGAGAUGACGAAUGCCAGGGGAACAGCUAUGCAAUAUCGCCAGUCUAUAGACUUGGUUGAAAUUGAAAAUAAUAAUUCAUUGUUGCCGAUGACAUUGAGAUUGUGCUGAAUUUGCAAUCAUUUACAGCACAUGAUUGUGGAUGCUACAGGUAAAAUGUACCAUGAUGUACAUUUCAUGUGGAUUGUAAGACAUUUAUAUGGGGCUAUGAGGUUUUUUUAAAUUACUUAUGCCCCAGAUUUAUCUAGACAUUGUAAAUGAAGUGUGUUAAGACUUUUUUAAAGAAGUUAACUAUUCACUAUUGUGUUGAUAAAA